AUGAAAUAUUUCGAACGUGAUUCAAACAGAACAGGAUGGUUCAUAAAGGUCAAACAACAGCUAAAAGAACAAAAUAUACAUUGCGAGAAACAAAUCGAACAAAAUCAACAACAAAUCAAACAAAAUCAACAACAAAUAGAACAAAUAGAAAUACAAAAUCAACAAAUAGAACAACAAAUAGAAAAAAAUCAAGAUCUAAAAGAACAAAUACAAAAAGAUCGACAACAACAAAAAGAACUACAACAACAAAUACAAGAACAAAUUAUAUAUUUAUCAAACAAUGUAUGGUUAUGA